GGCUGGCGGGCAGAGGACUGAGGACAGGACACCCCAGAAUCAGGAGCCUCCCCUUAGGAGACAGGACCCUGCACCCACAGCAGCUGCCUCAUUUCUCCAGAAGUUUGGCACGCCCGGCUGGCACAAUGCGCGUGGUGGUGAUCGGAGCGGGCGUCAUUGGGCUGUCCACCGCCCUCUGCAUCCAUGAGCGCUACCACUCGGCCCUGCAGUCGCUGGACUUGAAGAUCUACGCAGACCGCUUCACCCCGCUCACCAACACCGACGUGGCUGCUGGCCUGUGGCAGCCUUACCUCUCCGACCCCGUCAACCAGCAGGAGGCGCAUUGGAACCGGCAGACCUUCGACUACCUCCUGAGCCACAUCCAUUCCCCCAAUGCUGCAAACAUGGGCCUGGCCCCGAUCUCAGGCUACAACCUCUUCCAUGAAGCUGUUCCGGACCCUUUCUGGAAGGACAUAGUUCUGGGAUUUCGGAAGCUGACACCCAGGGAGCUGGACAUGUUCCCCGAUUAUAGCUAUGGCUGGUUCAACACAAGCCUGACUCUGGAGGGGAGGAGGUAUCUGCUGUGGCUGACUGAAAGGUUAACCAAGCGGGGAGUGAGGUUCUUCCAGCAGAAGGUGGAGUCUUUCGAGGAGGUGGCAAGAGGAGGCGCCGAUGUGAUUAUCAACUGCACCGGCGUGUGGGCCGGGGCGCUGCAGCCGGACCCGCUGCUGCAGCCAGGCCGGGGGCAGAUCAUUAAGGUGGAUGCCCCUCGGAUGAAGCACUUCAUCAUCACCCAUGACCUAGACAGAGGCAUCUACAAGUCCCCGUACAUCAUCCCAGGGAUCCAGGCAGUGACUCUUGGAGGCAUCUUCCAGCUGGGGAACUGGAGCGAGGUGAACAAUAGUGAAGACCACAACACCAUCUGGGAAGGCUGCUGCAGACUGGAGCCCACACUGAAGGAUGCCAAAAUUGUUGCUGAAUUGACUGGCUUCCGGCCAGUACGCCCCCAGAUUCGGCUAGAAAGAGAACAGCUUUGCUUCGGGUCUUCAAACACAGAGUGUUGAACAUCAUGCUUGAUGCAUGGUGGAGACGCCAUGCAUGCCGACCACAUGCCAUCACACGAUCCACAGCAGUGGCAAUGAGCAGACUGGAGAGGUUACAUAUGUGUCUGCCUGGGUUCCAGAAAUACCGGUCAUUGUGCCAGCGUGCGGACAGAGCAGGCCAAACCCACCAUGUUUGAGCCACCUCUUGACCCAGUCUUCCCAACCCAUCUUAAUUGGGCCAGGACUGUAGCAAACACUAAGCUGGGCCAAUCGGCUUCCUCCCCUGAGGAUUUGGAAGUGGGACACUGAACAGCCGAGUCUGGUAUGUUUGCAGAGCUGAGCCGAGCCGCGGUGAGUGGAAGCCAUAUGCAGGGUCGGCACAGGCAGCAGCCACGAGGAGGCACUCACUACCAGAGGCUGCAAACGGCGGCCCCUUCGCCAAACCGGGCCUGCAGUGAAUUUCAUCGGGCUCACACAUCAUUGAAAAAUGUUUGACCCGACCUACUAAAAUUUGGAGAUUUGACAUAAAAAUCCAGAUUCCUGUCUUGAAAAUUGGGAGAUCCCAUCAUGCAAAAAAAAAAAAAAAUCAGCUACAACUGAGUAGUGGCCGCCCCUUUUCUGGGGGCCUGUCUCCUUGCGCUGUGCAGUCCUUCCCUCUUCCUGUACUUCUUCAUAUGAAUUAACCUGAGUCCAAUCGCCAGUCCUUGCCAUUAAAACA